CUUGAGAGUUUUAAAAAUAUAGAGCCUAUUGGUGAAGGUGGUUUUGGGAAUGUUUUCAAAGCAACAGGAAAGCUUGACGAGAGAACCUAUGCAGUCAAACGAGUUGAAUUCGCGAACAAUGUAAAGCGUGAAGUAAAAGAACUUGCAAGACUUGACCAUGAAAACAUAGUGCGGUAUUAUUUUAGCUGGAAAGGGUGUGACCGUGUACCUUCUCCAGACUCAGGGCAGAAGUCAGACGAAGUUCUCUGUCUUUUCAUCCAAAUGGAAUUAUGUGAACAAGGGACAUUGGAAAACUGGAUUGAAAAGAACAGAAAAGACCGCAAGUAUCAUGAGAUGGCACAAAACAAAUUUCUACAAAUACUGAAAGGAGUGGAAUAUAUUCAUUCUAAAGAGUUAAUUCAUCGGGACCUCAAGCCUCAGAAUAUAUUCAUAUCGCAUGAAGAUAAAAUAAAAAUAGGCGACUUCGGUCUUGUGACUUCUGUGACAUCUGGGACUCGGUCACAGGAAAGAGGAACAGAACUUUAUAUGGCACCAGAACAGGUUGGGGACACAUAUGGAAAGGAAGUAGAUAUUUAUGCACUGGGAUUAACUUGGUUUGAAAUUCUUUCGGCGUGCAGUCGUCAUGAGAGAAGUAAGAUAUGGCGUGAUGUUAGAGAAGGUAAAUUUCCAGAUAGCUUCACCAACCAAUUUCCAAUAGAGGUACCCAUCAUCAAAAAGAUGCUUUCAAGAGACCCUUCAGGAAGAUGCUCUGCAUCUCAAAUACUUGAUUUUUUUAAGUCUGUUGAUAAAGACAACUCAUUUAAAACUCACACUCAGUAA